AUGCCAGGCAAUGGGAGCAAGACCCCUGCAGCAGAUCCGAAAACUAGAUUCAAGUUAAGCGGAGGGAGUACUCAAACCAAAACGGAUGUCAACCCUGUUUCAGCCAAAGGCGAGAUCAGUUCGCCACACGAUGCUCAUUACCCAAGUUUUACCACUGAUCAAUCACCAACCCGAAACUCUACCAACUUGCCGAAACAUCCCGAUAUCACCCAACAUCCUUUAUACCGUGCUGUACAGAAGCUUCACCCAGAUUUGCAAACGUUUCUUGAACAUGACUGGGAGACCAACAGCAAGCAUAAACACACAAAGCUCAAAUAUUACAAUAUUUUACGUCAUUUCAAUCCUGAAACCAGUUUGCUUCCGACCGACAAAAAAGAAGAAUUGAAGAAAGCAUUUAGAGAUGAUUUAUUACCAAAGCUAUCCGCAUUCUGCUCACCACCUCCGCCAUCUGAUGAAGAAAUGGAUACUGAUGAUCCAACAGUAGACUAUCACCCACUUCACCGCAAGACAACCAUUGCCAUGCUUAAAAGUAUCAUUGCGAAGAAAGAUCGCCGAGUCAACAUCUCUCCAGUGGCACUCAAGGACGAAGUAUUAGCUCUUUACAAACAUUACAUAAAUCCAACCCUUGAACUACCUCAGAAAGAUAAGUUUUCAAAGAGACCGCGGGCUGUUCAGAAGACAAUGGUGACAAGACUUAGUAUCAACGAGCUGCGACAUGCUAUUCAAGCUUACCACCCCGAACUCUUUUUGAAUGUUCCAGUUUUACGGCUAGCACAUUACAUUAGUAUUUAUCGUUUAUAUGUUAGUGAAGAACCCUUGGCCGAAGACGCAGAACCAAUAGUUUUAGGUUAUCAUUACUGGGUCAUCAAGGACCUGGUUAAGUCCAAAAAUUAUAACUUAUGGCUGUCUUGA